AUGAUUAUUGUUAUCAUCAUGUGGCUGACCCUGAGGUGUUUGAUCCUUUCUGUGUCCGGAACGCCAAUUGCCUGGGAUAGCAGUGUCUACAAUACUUCAGCAAAAACGGUUAACCUGACCAUACCGGAGAACAUCCCAGUCGGUACUGUUGUGGCUAACAUAACUUCAGAUCUUUACAGCAAAGCCAACAGGUUUAGCGUUCUAAUCGUCGACGGAGACCCAUACGGAAGGUUCUCACUCAGUCCAAAUGGAUCCCAGGCCGUCCUUCGUGUCGCUAACCCACUUGACUUCCGGGUUCGUCCAAUAAGGUACGAUCUCGUUGUGUUAUUGAAGUGUACUGAUACAGCUGAUCAGCCAUGCCAAACCUCUAGCGAAAUCUACGCCAUUAAAAUCGAUAUCACUGAUGUAGAAGGCUACCCACCUCUGUACAACACAACAUGUGAGACACCAGAAAGAGAAGGGAGGCCUCAACGACUGUUAAACUUUUCCAACUACAUCUCUAGAUAUGACACGGGUUGGACUCACACGUCUGAUCUACAAGGUCCAUCUUCCAAGAUAAAAGAGACAUUGCUUGUUCGGACAGCUAACGACGUCUGCGGAGUCACGAUAGUCGGGGGGUUGAGAUCUUUGACUGAUAUUGGCUGGGCGAACAUCGCUUCUGACUCUGGAGCAAGAUUAUACUGUUCUUCUAACCAAACGGGCAUGACUGUCCAGGCACAGCUUGUGAGUCGAACUAGUGAUAAAACUGUGUUCCAAAAUCUUGUAGACAGUCACCUCGUCAGGCCUGAAUGGCUAAAUGACUCACGUGUUGGAUAUUUUGUGGUCUUUCAAACUGACGCUUUCCAAACAUCGUCGCCGGCAAUGGUAAGAUGCGAGUCAAGCCCUUUCGAUUAUAGAAUCUCAAAUGAAACAACGACGUAUUCUAUACAGUUAACUGUAGACAAACUCGGCUGUGCAAGAGGGAAGUUUGGUCCAUGGUGCGAACAGGACUGUGUGUGUAAAAAUGGCGCUCGUUGCCAUGGUUUCAACGGUGCCUGUCUGUGUCCUCCGGGGUGGAUAGGGGUGGCAUGUGACAUCCCAACCCAAGCGGUAGCCAUAGUAACGGUUCCCAUGCAACACAUUUACAUCGGAAGUAACGUGACGCUGUCCUGCACUGCAGUUCACUUCAACGUGUCCUCUAUGGUGUUGAAGUACACGACAUUUCACACAAACACCUCCGAUGUCUUAUCAAACCAAACAACAGUCAUAAACUUUACGAUGAACGCUUUCCGUGAUGACUAUAAUGGUGUCUACACGUGUGUAGCUGAAACUGCCGGGACGAGGGUCGUCGUAGAGAAACAACUUAUUCUAAACGUCACGAGUUGUCCUCCCAACCUGUACGGAAUGUUUUGUAACCGCACGUGCGACUGUGUGAACGGGGGCAGGUGUGAUCGGUGGAGAGGCUGCGUGUGCCUACCAGGCUGGAUGGGAAAACAUUGCGGCCGUCCGUGUCGCCAUGGUCACUACGGUUUGAACUGUUCUUCCGUCUGUGCGUGUCAGAACAGCGGGGUCUGUGAUCACAUCAACGGGACGUGCUUCUGUCAAGCGCCGUGGACUGGACAGGACUGCAGCCGACGUCCCGCUCGACUACGAAGCCAUAAUCUACAGUUACUAGCUGUCCUUGUGAUACCUGUUUUCGUUGUGGUGAUGAUAUCAGCGAGGAUUGCUCUAAGAACGAAAAUUUUCUGGAAUCAUCAACCGAGGCAACAGGAAGAAGGCAUUCUGCUGCAAGAACUGAUCGCAGAAGUCGAGGAGGAAGAGGACAUGGCACAGAAUGUCCGGUUACCAUGGGAACGGCGUGAAGAGAAUCUAACGGUGGUGAAGAUGAUUGGUCAGGGUACUUUUGGUCACGUGGUGCUAGCGCAGCUGCGCACGCCUGAGAAAGAACCGGUCUUGGUCGCCGCCAAGUCGAUCUCUCUGGCUCAUGAGAGUGGCGAUGGGAGUGAGCGGUGCUACCGGGACUUUUAUCGGGAAGUGGAUAUUCUGAUUUCCCUCCACAAUCAGUCAGAACACAGAGAGGGAGAUGACCAACGUGUCCACCCAAACAUCGUCCAGCUACACGGCAUCAUCACUCAGUCUCUGCCCAGACGGAUCCUGCUGGAGUACGCUCCGCGCGGAGACCUUCUUCACUUCUUACGCGGGUGUCGCCAGGACCCCGACACUCGUCUGUCUGACCUGCUGCGGUUCGCUCUACACGUUUCCCGCGCACUUUACGAACUGGAGAGUCUCAAGAUCGUCCACCGUGACGUGGCCGCGCGGAACGUCCUUAUCACAGAGGACGGCGUGGCCAAACUGGCCGAUUUCGGGCUCGCCAGGGACGUGUACGCCAACACGGUGUACGUCCACACCACGCACCUCGGCCAGGACGACCUCUUACCGCUGAAGUGGAUGGCGCUGGAGUCUCUCCGGGACGGCGAGUUCACCAGCCACAGUGACGUGUGGUCGUUCGGCGUGCUGCUGUGGGAGAUCGCCACGUUCGGAGAGGAGCCCCGCUACCCCCGGGUUUACCGUCCGGACUGCGGGCAGCUGGUGCGGCUCCUGAAGCGCGGUAAGAGAAUGGAGAAGCCGGAGAAAUGUCCCGUCUCCCUAUACAGGCUGAUGUGCCAGUGUUGGGCCGGAGACCCAGAGGACAGACCCGACGCUGGGCAACUGGAACAACGUUUGGAAGAAAAUAUAAAUGAUGAAUGA